UUAAGAUAUUACACUCACCAAACAAACAAACAAAGAAAACAAAAAUGGCAAGAAGCAUGAAGUUAGCGUGUGUUGUUUUGGUGAUGUGCAUGGUAGUUAUUGCACCUAUGGCAGAAGGUGAUAUCUCAUGUGCAGAUGUAAUUAAGGAAUUUAGUUCAUGUCUUACAUAUCUUGAAGCUCCUGAUAAUGCUAGUCCUUCAACUCAAUGCUGUGGAGGAGUGAAGAAGCUUCUUGAUGCCGCCACCACCACUGCUGAUCGUCAGGCUGCUUGUAAAUGCUUGAAAUCAGCAGCCGGUUCUAUUUCAAAAUUGAAUACUAACAAUGCUGCUGCCCUCCCUGGCAAAUGUGGUGUUAGCAUUCCUUACAAGAUCAGUACCUCCACCAACUGUAACACCAUUAAGUUUUGAAGAUGAUGGUGCGGUUUCAAGAUUCUCAUAUGGAAACUUCUCACUAGUAUUUUGAGAGUGUCAUUUAAUAAUACUUGUUAAGAAUAAUAUCUAAUGAGAGUGGCGAAGGCUCAUCUUAUAUGUGGUCCUAUAUCCAUCCUCUUGUUGUACUUCAUGUUUCGAUGUAUCAAUCUAAUCUUAUAAUUGAGUUUUAUUUCC